AUCUUAAUAUCAAGGUGGCUGAAAGUUUUGAGAAGGUCCGAAGCAAGCAUUGGGUUGAUUUAUAUCGAAGCGUUCAGAAAGUAGAGAACACGUACUUCACUAAGAUCGAGGAGUGCGACUUGGGCUCGAACAGUGAUCAUGACACCGCCAGUAAAGAAGAGGAAGAGGAAAAGGGGGCAUUGGAUGUAGACAGUGAAGAUUAG